CGGGAGCCCGCCCCUCCCGCACGGCGGAGCCGGCCCGCCGGCGCGGCGGCGUCUGGAUCUACCCGGAAUGUCUGGUUUGGUGGUAGUGGAGGUGGAUCCAGUUUGGCUGCUGUUCAUUGAGUACCUACUAUGAGCCACCGAUGGUUUGAGAGUCUCCGUCAUUGGAGAGGAGGCUAAGGAAAAUGCUGCUGCAGCGUGUAGUUGGCAACACAGAUCUGGCUAUUUAUACCUUUUGCUAGUGGUGUGUUCUAACCCUAGAUAUCUUUUCCUCGUCUGGAAAAUGGAAACGGAAAUAAUCCACUAACCUGAGGCUUCAAGGGAUGAGGAUUACAGAGACAGAGAUCUUCCAUCCACUCAUUUACUCCCCAGAUGUCUGCAAUGGCCAGGACUGGGCCAGGCCAGGACCAGGAGCUUCUUCCAGAUCUCCCAUGCCUGCGCUCACCUCCGCCCUUUACAAGUGAACUGACUUCCUGGCCUGCCAGCCAGUGCCACCUAGCCACGAUGGACACUGCUGGCCAUAGCCUCGUCCUCCUCCAGCAGCUGAACAUGCAGCGGGAGUUCGGUUUCCUGUGUGACUGCACGGUUGCUAUUGGAGAUGUGUACUUCAAAGCCCACAGAGCCGUGCUCGCUGCCUUCUCUAACUACUUCAAGAUGAUAUUCAUUCACCAGACCAGUGAAUGCAUAAAAAUCCAGCCGACGGACAUCCAGCCCGACAUCUUCAGCUACCUGCUGCACAUCAUGUACACGGGCAAGGGCCCGCGGCAGAGCGUGGACCACGGGCGGCUGGAAGAGGGCAUCCGGUUCUUGCACGCCGACUACCUGUCGCACCUCGCCACGGCCAUGAACCAGGCGUUCUCGCCGGAGGCCGUGCAGUCCUCCAACCUGUACGGCAUUCAGAUCUCAACGACCCAGAAACCAGCCGCGAAGCCAGGGCUGCAGGCCGCCCAGGCCUCUUCCGGCAGCGGCGCAGGCAGGGCCGCGGCGCAGGGCGACCACGCCCAGCUGCAGCUGUCCCUGGCCAUUGGGCUGGACGAGGGCGCCGCAGACGCGCCGGGCGCCCACCGCGCGGCGCAGGCCGGCCCCGAGCUCCAGAGGCCGCCAGCGGAAGUCAAGCAGGAGCGGGGUGACCCAGUGGCCGUGCCCGCGCAGGGCCAGCGCCCGCCCUCGGCAGAGGCGGCGGGCCCCGCUCUUCCAGAGAGCAGCAGCCGGGCGCACGCGUGCCACUACUGCGGGGAGCGCUUCGAUGCCCGCGGUAGCCUCCGCCAGCACCUGCACACCCACGUGUCCGGGGCGUUGCCGUUCGGGGUGCCCGCGUCCAUCCUGGAGAGCAAUGACCUGGGCGAGGUGCACCCUCUGCAGGAGAGCCGCGCGGCUCUGGCGCGCCGCCGGCUUGGCGCCCUGGGCGGCCAGGAGGGCGGGCGGCAGCAGCCCCAGCCCGCGACCCGCGGCCCCGCCGAGCCUCUGCAGAUCAGCCAGGUGGCCUUGAUCUCCAAAGACGCGGAGCCGGUGGAGCUCAACUGCAACUUCUCCUUCUCCAGGAAGAGGAAAGUGGGCUGCGCCGUGUGCGGCCACAAGUUCCUCCGGCGGAGCCAGCUGCUGGAGCACGCGUGUGCGCACAGAGGCAGGCCGCACAGGCACGGCGGCUGCCCGCGGCUGGCCAGCGCGCUGGCCCAGAGCUUCCCGUCGUUCUGUGACAGCUGGUCCGACGUCGCCCUGAAGGGGCCCCGCCUGUCCCAGGAACACCUGGAUCUGCCUUGUGCCUUGGAGUCGGAGCUCACGCAGGACAGCGUGGACGCCAUCCUGGUGGAGUAGCAGCUUCUGGAAAAGGGAGCGUCGUCAGCGUCGUCCUGCUCUCAGUUGCUGCCCUCCCAAGUCCCCUUGGCUUUUGUCCUUCACAAUCGAGCCAUCAGGUGAAGGUUGCAUAUACCAGGUCUUCUAAGACAUUAACAUGUGGCUGUGAAAACGUAAGCUCCACUUAGUGCUGUCAACUUGUCGUAAAUUAUAUCACCUUUAGAAGACAGAGGUCAGUGUAGAAACAGGCAGACCUGAGAGUGAACAGUUGCUUAUAGAAUUUCUUAUUUUUUUCUAGAAUUAAUAAAAUGGAAUUGAAUAGGAAGUAAAUGAAAUAGGUUUUAAAGACUGUCCUGAGCUAUCACUUUUGGAUUGUUUCACAUGAGGUCAGUCCCAAUGAGGACCAUUCUAAAAUAGUCUCUGCCACACAGAACAGUUAAUUGUUUUUUUAAAGAUUAUUUACAGAGGGAGGGAGAGACAGAGAAAGAAACAUCUUCCAUCUGCUGGUUCACUUCCAGAUGGCUGCAUCGACCAGGUCUGAGCCAGGCUGAAGCCAGGAGCCAGGAGCUUCUUCCAGGUCUUGCAUGUGGAUACAGGGGCCCAAACACUUGAGCCAUCAUCUACUGCUUUCCCAGGCCAUUAGCAGGGAGCUGGAUCAGAAGUGGAGCAGCCAGGACUUGAACCGGCACCCAUAUGGGAUGCCAGCAUUGCAGGCGUUGACUUUUCCUGUUUCGCCACAGUGCCAGCUCCAAUAGUUUUUUAAUGCAUAACUAUAUAUUAUAGUGUAUAAAAAUUGUUUUUAAGAUAUAGCUAUACCAAAUCAUGAGUAGUUUUAAAAAUUACUUUUCACUUACUAGCUUUGCAACAUCACCAAUGUCUUUUAUCUAUUUUUUUACACAUUGAAUAUACCUCAUUUUUAACAAAAACUGUUUCAGUUAGAAGAGAGAAGGGGAAGAGGCAGGCAUCAAAGCACCUGCAACAGAAAGAUGCGUAAACGUGGACAAGCACACCACGCAGGAACUGAGCUCCGUCUGCACUGUGCGAUGCCCAGGCCGUCACCUUCACCUAGAGCAUCUUCUUGCCUAAAGAGCAGUUUGAGCUUUUUUACCACCCGAGGGUUACUUGAGUUUAACGAGGGAAGUGAUUACACACCAGUGUUUCUGCCCUCCGCCCCAGAGGAUAGCCUAGGUUGCCUGGGUUGAUGUGAAUCUUCUAAAAGUCACUGGGAAAAAAGUAAUUUUUCGGUGGCACAGGUUUCACAUUUUCUGCCCAUAAAGCCAACAAAGGGGAUGCAUUCCAUCAUCUAGAACUGUGUUGAAGAUCCUUGACAGCUCCCGGACAGCCUCCUGUGCUCCGUGCACUGCUCUGCCGAGAGGGUCUAAGUCAGACCCUUGCAGCCACCCCCAAAAUGUAAGGCUUAGAACGUCACCACCCACAGAGCCCAGAGCCCCUUCCUGGGGACUGCGUUUCCAGGCCCUCAGUAGCCCGGGUAAUUCCAGGCAGGGGCUCCAGGGUUUUCUCCAGGCAAGCAGGGAGUGGAGGAGAAUUACAGGAGAGUCGACUGGAGAAGAGAGCUAGAUGGUGCCCUCGGCCAGUGGGCGAGGGAAAUCUCCCGGGGCAGCAUUCUGUGGCGAGAGCAGAAUCGGACUGGCCGUGGAUUGAUCAGAUGUGGCUGAGGGGGGACGGAAACAAACACGUUGCUCUUCGGGAUCAGAACUUAAUUUAUUUCUUUCUAAAGAUUUACUUAUUUGAAAAGGCAGAAUCACUGGCUCACUCCCCAGAUGGCUGCAAUGGCCAGGGCUGGGCUAGGCUGAAGCCAGAAGCCAGGACCUCCAUCCAGGUCCCCUACGUGGGUGCAGGGGCUCAAACACUUGGGCCAUCUUCUGCUGCUUCCCAGGCACAUUAGCAGGGAGCUGGAUCAGUCGUGGAGCAGCUGGGACUCAAAUCUGGAACUCCUAUGGGAUGCCAGUGUCAUGGGCACAGCUUAACCUGCUGUAUGCACCACAGGGCCAGCCCUGUGAACUUUCCCUCACCAGCUCACUGGGUGGUGAUUCAAAGCUGUCGCACCCUCACAGGAGGAACACAGAUAGCAAUGUUGACUUCACGCAUUCUAGGUCAUUUGGGAUUUAUUCCCUAGAGUUAUUCUCGUUAAUUUUUUUUUUUUUUUUUUGACAGAGUGGAUAGAGAGAGAGAGAGAGAGAAAGGUCUUCCUUUGCCGUUGGUUCACCCUCCAAUGGCCGCUGCGGCCGGCGCAUCGU